GGAAGACCACAAAAUAAACCGAGGAACUUCUGCUGGAGCAAAGGAUGACCUUUAACCUUGACCACUUGAAGGGGGGGCUUUUUGCCGUCAUAUUGCUGGUGUUGUUUUACCUCGUAAUCUUCUACAACAGAUCGUCAAUCAUGGCCGAGGAUUUCAUCCAACUCUACCAAACACCCAGGGUGUCUCCAUCAAGGUCUGCAGCUGCAACAUCUAGUCCAUGCACAUGUUUUGAACGAUCAACAAUCUUCAAAGACCGCUUCCCUGAGAAGGAGUACGCUGAGCUGGCAAGCCGCAGAGCCAAAGAGAUCCAGAGCUACAAAGCCAGGACAACGUCAGUAUUGUCUGAACUGCUGCUUGCUGCUCCCAACACUCCUCUGCAGUAUCCCAUCCAAGGCUUUAACGCACGACCUCUGACCCCCACUCUUAUACCAGGUUUGAGGCUGUUUCCAGAACAAAGAAAGAGCUACAGGGUAACCUUACAAGCGUCCAGAGGAGUGCUGACCACUGAAACUCCACCUGCAGAUGUUGAUGUUUUAGGUGACAGCCAGGAUGUGCUGAUUAUAGAGUCUAGGAACCUUCAUAGCCUCAACUACGUGCUGACUAAAGUGUCCUAUCAGAGCACCAUCUACCACAUUCACACUGGAGACCUGGUGACAUUAUCAUACGAACACCAUAAAGUCGUGUUUCCAGUCACCAUCAAAUUGCCAAAAGUCCCAGUGAUGUUCGACAUGGGGAAGGAUAUCAAUUCUCAAGUCACCAUCGUCACCAAAACGUUCAUUCGCUACUAUAACCUCAGGAUGUUGAUAAAAAGUAUCCGUGAGUUCUACCCCAACAUCACCAUCAUUAUCGCAGACGACAGCUUUGAGCCACAGCGAGUGACCGAGGAUAACAUCCUACAAUACAUAAUGCCUCCAGGCCAGGGCUGGUUUGCAGGCAGGAACCUGGCGAUCUCCCAGGUUAUGACCAAGUACUUUCUGUGGGUGGAUGAUGACUAUGAGUUCACGGAGAAAACAACGAUCGAGAAGAUGGUUGAGGUGAUGGAGGCGAACCCAGAACUGGAUGUGCUUGGUGGGUCAGUCAAAGGGAACCGGUUCUUCUUUAGUGUCAUCUAUGAAGAGGGAAAUGAAAUUGAAGGGGGCUGCCUUUACAGAAAAUCAGGAGGACGCUUCCAACACCUUCCUGGUUUCCCAGGAUGUUACCUGGUCAGUGGGGUUGUUAACUUCUUCAUGGCUCGUACAGAUUCUUUACAGAAGACAGGAUUUGACCCGAGGCUCCGAAGAGUGGCUCAUUCAGAGUACUUUAUUGAUGGUGCCGGCUCCCUGAUGGUGGCCAGCUGUGGUGAUGUCAUCGUUGGCCAUCAGACUAAUAAGAGCAAAGAGGACGCGGCACGCUACGCACGCUACAGAAAUCCAGGAAGAGACGACUGGAUGUUUAAAGACAGGCUACUUUUUUUUAAAAACAACCUCAAGUGUAUGCGCUGGGGAUAAAAGGUCUUUGGGGUGGAGCAGUCAUCGUUGACCUGAGGUCAGACAGCAUGUCAUAGCCACCAUUAUAGCCACUAUUGUAACCACUAUUUUAGCCCUGUUAGGUCUGUCACAAGACUGGUUUAUUGUUCUCUGGUUAUCUAUUCAGCCACAGUAACCAUGGUUACACAGAAAAAUGGUGGCAUCCCACCUCAGCAUUAAAAAGCUUGUAAAACAUCAGCCCUGUGGUGCACAGUCAAGCUCUGAACAUCCUUUCUUCAGGACGACCUGGAAUGAAUGCUGGCAGAAAACCGCCAGACCCUGGCCACUUAGCCACAAGGCUGGUGACCAUCAUUUGAUGGUCACAUGUCAUCUGCAGAAGCAUUUGGGGUUCACAUUAGUCAAUGUGCACUUGAAAAGACUUGAAUAAAGCUCAAC